CCACUUAGUUGACCCCACCAUGUAACAGCUAUUAAUUCAUCAUAAUUGCCUUUUAAAUACCCAAGCAAAUUUCGUAACCCGAGUUUUGAUGGAAAUACACCCUCGCCAUUUUGCUUUUCGUUUCCUUCAUUCAAAUACAUUGUCGCAUUUCACUAACAAUACACAUCACAUAAGAUUCAUACACUCAACCCAUCGUUCAUUUACACGUUUUGGUCCCACGCGGUGUCAUUCCCGCACCACACACCUAAACUUUCUAAAUAAUUUGACAUCGAACCUUUCAAACAUAUCUGAGCAACGCUACACGAGAUCAAUGGCUUCUACAAAUCCAGCCGCUUUUGGCCGAUCCGCAUCCUCCGCGAUUCCGACAGCUCCAGCUGCUGAAAAUGCUACUCCCCACCAUACCUAUGACUACUCAAACCUUUCGCCGGUAGAAGCAUCCAAACGUCGAGCAGCAUAUAAAGCAGUUGAGGAUCACUUUGAUUCCUCUUACAAAUAUAUUGGGAUCGGAUCAGGCAGUACUGUCGUUUAUGUAGUGGAAGCCAUUGCUGCUAAAGGUCGAGACAUCACCUCACAUAUGAUAUUCGUUCCCACUGGUGAUCAGAGUAAGCAAUUGAUUAUCGAGGCGGGUCUACCCCUAGGAAGCAUAGAUUCUCUACCUCCGGUAGCUGUCGAGCCUCUUCUUCUCAGCGGGGACGCUGCGUUUGAUGUUUCUACAGGGUUGCAGGAUCUAGGAUUAAAAGGAAAACGUGAAAGUCUUGAUGUUGCGUUUGACGGGGCAGAUGAAAUUGAUGAAGAUCUCAACUGCAUAAAAGGAGGCGGAGCCUGUCUUUUCCAAGAGAAGCUAGUCGCAACUUCCUCCAAGAAGUUCGUAUGUGUAGCGGGUCAGUAAAGAUAUGGGCAAUGUGUUGGUGACUCUAACUCAUGAUAUAUAGAUUACCGGAAACUUCAACCUCGUCUUCUUACAUCUUGGAAAGCUAUUCCGAUCGAGAUUGCACCAUUAGCCGCCCCAACUAUAAAGAGGAUUCUUAUUACACUCGGAUCUCCGGAUCCGAAAAUUAGACAAGGUGGGAGUGCGAAAGCCGGACCAGUCGUGACAGAUAACGGCAUGUGGAUCAUUGAUGCGCCUUUCCCUAAACUUCUGAUUCCUUCGGAUCUGAAAGGUGAUGAUAAGGGCGAUGGAGAACAUGGUACUUGGGAGGUACACAACCUAGGAAGAAGAUUAAAGAGAAUAGUCGGAGUACUAGAAACGGGCCUCUUCCAUGGUAGAAAUGGUGCACAGGUGGCCAAUGCUGGGGAAGAAGGCGGCGGACAAAAACCAGUGGCUGCAUAUUUCGGGAUGGAGGAUGGUAAUGUCGAGGUUCGCACUGCGACGGAGCAUGGAGUAAAGUCGAGGCCUUAGGCCGAUCGUCAAGGCUUGACGAGUGGAAGGAGGAGCUUUAGGAUGAUAUAUGAUGUUAAUUGGUGAUCAAUACGCUUAUGCCAUAAUUAAUGGAACCAACCAUUUUUCACAUCCAUAUCUGGAAUCACACUGACAAGAGCUCUUGACUCGGUUUAUUCGGUUAGACCCAAACGCCACCUUUGUGCUCUAUCUAGUCAUCCCGAAUGCUGCUUUUUAUUGCUUAUCAAAAUGUACUUCCUUCGAAGGGUUGGAAGAUGACGCUAGUAAGCUCAAGCCUAGAAUUGAAUAUUAGAGCUCAUCGUGUGGUGGAUUUUCCCUCCACUUCGUCCGAGUUUCAACAUACACUGGUUUGCAACUCACCAAAAAUUCCUUCUGACGGAAUUUAGGCAAGUCACCAGGGGGCGCAUAGAAUGACGUAUG